AGUCAUAUCAUUUCAGGGUGUUAAACUAUCACCAUGUAUUAGAGAUACAUCUACAAAAAAUAAGAUAUUUUAUUUUCUUAUCACUCUUUUUUAUCAUCAGGAUCUGGAACACUCCUAAACGCCACAUUUAGCAAAUGUACUUCCUUUUUGUAAUGUUUUGCAUUUAAGUGAAGGAAUUUAUAUUUAGACUUCCUGCUUUAGUGCCGAGUGGUUUCAGAGAUACACACUGCUGUUUGAUUGUUCCUUCGUGGAUAUAAGUUUAAAUUAUCACGAUAAAUCACUGAAAAUUUGUGCUAUGGAUGGAGGCUCAUUAUCAUCACUGUCAGAGGAGGAAUCUUCAAAACAGCUUUCUCUCCCUAAAGAGAUCAACGAAGAAAGAACCUCACUUUCACGACAAGUGGAGGAUUUGACCCGAACAGAGAGACUCAUGUCUGGAGAGGAUCAGUUAACAUUAAUCACAGAAAGCAUGUCUAUUACAUCUGCAGACCAGGAGAAACUUCAACUACUUAACAAGAACACAGAGCUCCGCAGACUCAACAAAGAGCUUAUGAAGCUAAAUGAGGACUGGGACCAUAUCUACCGCAGCACAAGUGCAGGUCUGCAGCAGCGGGUAACAGCUCUAGAGCAAGAAAGUUUGGCCCUCAAGCAACUCAACAGCAGACUCCUGAUCAAAGUGGAACAUGAACAGAAUAAAAGUGAAUACUAUGAACACACACUGAUGCAAGAGCUAAAGAAAAAUCAGCACCUUCAAGAGUACAUCCGCCUCCUAGAGAGCCGUCUUCACCAGACUGAUACCCUGAAAGAUUGGGCUUUAGGGACCCAGAACAUGUUGGGUCCACCAGAAGCACAUGUACUGGAGCGAAGUCCCAAAUCCUCCACUUACAUUGCCACAUCACUGGAACUCCGUCACAGGACCCGGUCCAGCCAAACACCCUCCGAGAGCCACGAGAAGCAGAAUGAUGCCAUCAAGGAAGUUCAGGACCUAAAAGAGCAGCUGGAAGCCUUGAGGUGCCAGACUAAAAUUUAUGAAGCAGACUAUAAAAUAGAGCACAAGGACCAUGAGCGCAUGCUUCAAGAGAACAAGAGACUCCGACGUCGUGAAGGAGAGAUGAGGCAGCAGAUGGCACUUUUGCAAGAACAGCUGAAGGUAUAUGAGGAUGACUUCCACAAGGAACGCUCAGAUAAGCAGCUCCUUCAGCGGCUUUUGAUGAAGAAAGCUCCAGCAGGGCAGGAGCCAGCACUAAUCCACCGCUGUAAUAAUGACCAAGAAAGACCAAGAGGAGAGAGGAGAAGAAUAAGAGAAGAACAAAGAGCAGCUUUCAUGUGUCCGAAACAUUGUGAGAACCCUGUGCACCUGGAGUACAAAUAAGACAUACAAAUCCAGCUCUAAAUGUGAUUUAAUUGAAGGCUAUGUGCUAAAUUUGUUGCUAUUUUUGGUUAUUCUUUUUACACAUUUAUCAGUGUAUUUAGUUUUUGUCUUUAGCACGCCAAAUAAAUAAAAACAGUUACAUCCAAAAAUUAAUAAAAAAAAAAGACACGUCAAUUAAACACCAUUGGCGUCAGUGAUUUGCCUCUAGAGGCCGCUCUUGUACUCUAUAAGGCAACACGAAAACUUUCGGUAGGGAUUUUUGCCGAUUUAACCAAAACUCCCUCACACACACAUACACACGUUUACACCUGUUUACAGGUUGAGCGUAAAAAGAUUCUGAUUCUAUCUGCAACUAUGUUACACACUGUCAGCAUAAAAUAAUUUUAAGAACGUAUUUAAAAAAGUAUGUAUCCAAGGCAUUUUAUUUAGUUUUGUUUGUUUUUAUUGUAUAUACUUUUAUUAUGCUUAAAUUGUAUAACUUUCCUUUAUAAAAAGUAAUAAAUGGUAAUAAAUGACAUUUUGUAUUAAAAAAAUAUACCAGUUUAA